CCCCGCCCCCCCCUGUUACGAUGUCCAAUCGCCGCCAGAAGGGGGUCAUCCUCGAACGCGGAAUCGUGUACGGCAAUUCGGCCACCCUCCUGGCCCGACCCACCGACAACGGCCACACACACAAGUGGACGGUUUACGUGCGCGGCCUCUAUGGCGAAGACAUUUCCUACUUCGUCCGCAAGAUCAGCUUCAAGCUCCACGAGAGUUUCUCCCCCCAGACGCGUGUCGUCGACACACACCCCUUCGAGCUGACCGAGACCGGGUGGGGCGAGUUCGAAAUCCAAAUCCGACUCUUCUUCCACGAUCCGCACGAGAAGCCCGUGGUUCUGCUCCAUCCCCUUCGCCUGUACCCGGUGGAGGGGAUAACCACAGAGCGUGAUGCCGGCAAGCUGGUCGUUGCCGAGCGCUACGACGAAGUGAUCUUCAACGAGCCCACCCAUGUGAUGGCCAACCAGCUGGAGCUCGGCCCGCCGGCCGGCUACGACGCCACCCCGACCGACUCCUCCAAGUACAUUAGCGAAGUCGAAACCAUCGAGCUCCGGCAGAUCGCCGAGGCUGAGGCCGCCGUGUGCAAGCAAAUCGAAGCCGCCCAGCAAAAGCUCGCCCAGCUGGACCAGGGACUGCUGGUCCUCAACCGCGAGGUGGCCGAGAUGGAGGCCGAGCGGGCCCGGUAGCGCAAAACACACAUGUACCCUCCUCUCCCACCACAAGAAUGCCUCGGGCUGGCCCGGCACCGAAAUACAACUCCCCUCUGGGUCAGACGUGCUUUCUUUUUU